CAAAUUCACGUUUCGAUCAAUCACCAAGCGUCAGUUUCAUCUGUCGAAUAUGCUGUAGGAAAAAGAAGCAAGCCUCAAACUUCGUUUUAAAAGCAACUAGACUCUUACAAAAUUUUUAUUCUUGCUAAGCGAGGUGUCUCAAUUAAGCAUGCUACGAACAAGUAGAAAACUUCAAGCUCUUGCCCCUUCUCAUGUGAGCGCCUUUGGCCUACGACAUGGUGCUCGAGUUGUUGGCACUAGGUUGCUGUCAGCAGCAGCUCCAGAUGCCGAAGGCGAACCAAGCUUUUUGGAGAUGGUGAACCUGUUUGUAGAAAAUGCUAGGGAGCUCGCACUUCAAAGGCUCACAACAAAGCCACCGCCACCUGGCAGGCGUCAAGACCCACCCGAUCAAAAACGAGCAUUUGUUAAAGGUAUUUUGGACAUUAUUCAGCCAUGCAAUGCCACAGUAGGCUUAAGCUUUCCACUCAACAAGGACAAUGGAGAACUGGAGAUCAUCAGGGCAUACAGAUCACAACAUAGUCAUCACAGGUUGCCCACAAAAGGAGGUAUUAGGUACAGCAGUGAUGUGGAUGAAGAUGAGGUCAAAGCCUUAGCUAUGCUGAUGACAUUCAAAUGUGCUGUUGUUGAUGUGCCCUUUGGUGGUGCUAAAGGUGGAGUGAAGAUUGAGCCAUCCAACUACUCAGAAAAAGAGCUAGAGAGGAUAACUAGAAGAUUUACUGUGGAAUUGGCAAAAAAGAACUUCAUUGGACCUGGUGUGGAUGUGCCAGCUCCUGACAUGGGAACCGGUGAGAAGGAAAUGAGCUGGAUGGCUGAUACAUACGCAAUGACAUUAGGAUUUGGGAACAUGAAUUCACAUGCUUGUGUGACAGGCAAACCAAUCAGCCAAGGUGGUAUUCAUGGCAGAAUAUCAGCUACUGGAAGGGGAGUGUACCAUGGUAUUGACAACUUCAUUAAAGAUGAGCAUUACAUGAGCCUGGUUGGGCUGGAACCUGGUCUAGCUGGAAAAACAUUCAUUGUGCAAGGGUUUGGUAAUGUAGGCAUGCACACAAUGAGGUAUCUGCAUAGGUUUGGCGCAAAGUGCAUUGGUGUCAUUGAAAAGGAUGGCUCACUUUACAAUGGGGAUGGUAUUGACCCUAAAGAGCUUGAAGACCAUAAGUUGGCUACUGGAACAAUUUUUGGUUUUCCUGGAGCCAAGAUCACUCAAGAAGAUCUGAUUACAGCAGAAUGUGACAUCUUAGUUCCUGCUGCUAGUGAGAAACAAAUCACAUCAAAGAAUGCUCACAAAAUACAGGCAAAGAUUAUUGCAGAAGGUGCCAAUGGACCAACAACCCCAGCUGCAGAUAAGAUUCUGCAAGAGAGAAAGCGACUUGUUAUUCCUGAUUUGUACAUUAAUGCCGGUGGUGUAACGGUAUCAUACUUUGAAUGGCUGAAAAACCUUAACCAUGUCAGCUACGGCAGACUUACAUGGAAGUACGAAAAGGACAGUAACUAUCAUUUGUUAGAGAGUGUCCAGAAGAGCUUGGAAAACCAUUUCAAAGGAGAGAAGAUCCCAAUUAAACCUUCUGAAUCGUUCUUAUCAAGGAUUGCUGGUGUGUCAGAAAAGGAUAUUGUUCAUUCUGGUCUAGAAUACACCAUGGAAAGAUCAGCAAAGCAAAUCAUGAGAUGUGCCCAAGAGUACAAUCUUGGUCUGGACUUGCGACUUGCUGCAUACAUCGUGGCACUGGAAAAGGUUUACAAUGUUUAUUCUGAAGCUGGGCUUACCUUCUCCUAAGCAACAAUCAUUUUAAAUUGUAAACUGUUUUUUACGUACAUUUGUGCCAUUUGACUAUUAUUGUGAACUUGUAAUACUUAGAUGUAAUGAAGAUUCCUUAAUUUAUGCUUAAUUAUUCAUGAUAAUGUGCUUGUUUUGAUAUUGUACACGCUUUGGUUCAUACGUUGUGGAUUAUUAGUAACUAAUGCAUCAGAUUUAAGUUUAUAAGAAUGGCAAAUGCAUUAAACUUCACUCAGAGA